GCGCAGGCAGCAGAUGUCGCUGCACGCAGCCAGCGUAGGUUUCCUGUAAGAAGCAGUAGUGUAUUGUGUCAUUCCCCGGGCUCUGCCCGCACCAGGAAGUCUCUCCCGGUAACAAGCGCGGCGUCGGCAGGAAGUAGAAGGAUCGCCCGGGGUGAACUGAGCGGGGCAAUUACCGGAAUCGAUGCUGCGUCAGAAACAGGAGCACCGUGAUGGAACACAUCAGAACCACCAAGGUGGAGCAGGUGAAAUUAUUGGAUCGCUUCAGCCCUAGCAACAAGUCAGCCUCUGGGACUUUGUAUCUCACUGCUACACACUUACUCUUCAUUGACUCACAGCAGAGAGAGAUUUGGAUAUUGCACCAUCACAUUGCCUCUGUGGAGAAACUGCCACUGACCACAACCGGCUGCCCCCUGGUCAUACAAUGCAAGAACUUCAGGUUGGUUCACUUUAUAGUUCCAAAGGAGCGUGACUGCCAUGACGUUUACAAUUCACUCCUACAGCUUUCAAAGCCAGUACGAUAUGAGGAUCUGUAUGCCUUUUCCUACAACCCAAAACAGAAGGAGUCAGAAGGAGUUCUCGGCUGGCAGCAUAUUGACCUGAAGGAGGAGUAUCAGCGCAUGGGAGUUCCCAACUCUUACUGGCAGUUGUCGGAUGUUAAUCGUGACUACAAGGUGUGUGACACGUACCCUCGAGAGCUUUACGUCCCAAUAACCGCAAGCAAACCCAUCAUUGUUGGAAGCUCAAAGUUCAGAAGCAAAGGAAGGUUUCCAGUGCUGUCCUAUUAUCACCAGACUAAGCAGGCCGCCAUCUGCAGGUGUAGUCAGCCAUUGUCAGGCUUCAGCGCAAGGUGCUUGGAAGAUGAACAUAUGCUGCAGUCUAUUAGUAAAGCCAAUCCGGUGUGUCGGCUGAUGUAUGUAAUGGAUACAAGACCAAAGCUGAAUGCCAUGGCUAACAGAGCAGCAGGCAAAGGGUACGAGAAUGCCGACAACUACUCCAACAUUAAAUUCCAGUUUGUUGGGAUCGAGAAUAUCCACGUGAUGAGGUCCAGUUUGCAGAAGCUCCUUGAAGUCUGUGGGACAAAAGCAUUAACCGUAAAUGAUUUUUAUAACGGCUUAGAGAAUUCUGGAUGGCUUCGCCACAUUAAGGCUGUGUUGGAUGCCUCUGUUUGCUUAGCCAAGGCCAUUAAUGAUGAAAAUGCCAGCGUGUUAGUGCACUGUUCUGAUGGCUGGGACCGCACAUCACAAGUGUGUUCCCUAGGAUCCUUAUUGUUGGAUUCAUUCUACCGGACCAUGAAGGGGUUUAUGGUUCUGAUUGAGAAGGAGUGGAUAGCCUUUGGUCACAAAUUUUCAGACAGGUGUGGGCAGCUAGACAGUGAAUCUAAGGAGGUCGCUCCGGUUUUUACCCAGUUCCUGGAAUGUGUGUGGCAGCUUAUGGAACAGUUCCCCCGAGCCUUCGAAUUCAAUGAAGAUUUCCUUCUUCAGAUUCAUGAACAUGUCCACUCGUGCCAAUUUGGAAACUUCUUAGGAAACUGCCAGAAAGAGAGAGAAGAGCUCAGGCUAAAAGAGAAGACACAUUCUCUGUGGGCUCAUCUUCUGGGAGAGAAAAGCAAAUAUCGCAACCCCGUCUUUGAUAAGAACUCACUGAGGACUCUCCCAUUUCUAGAGCCAAAUACCAUACAUUUCAGUUUCAAGUUUUGGAGAAAUAUGUAUCACCAGUUUGACCUUAACAUGCACCCCAGGCAGUCCGUGCCAAGCCUCCUAUUAAGAACUAUGGAUGAAUCUAAAGGUUUGGAAGAUGAAUUAAAACAGCUAAAAAUAAAAAUCCGAAACCUGACAAAGGAGGAGGGUUCGGGAAGCACUGAUUCUCUCCGUUCCACUCCGCCAGCCUCCCCUGAGCUGAAGCAUUCCCCAGACUUUGAGAAAGAGCUGGAUAUACAACCAGUCAGUGAUGCCAUCCGCACAGUAGAGGGCAGCAACGCAGCAGACAACCGGUAUAGCGAGUACGCAGAGGAACCGGCAAAGCCUGAGCCUUCUGUUGUAAGCCUGGAGUUCGGUGUUGCCAAAAUGACUUUCAGUUAGUAAUUUGGAUUUCCCAGACAGACUGCUGUGUGAUUAUCGGCUUUCGGAAGGCCCCAGUCUGCCGUUCAUAUGAUGGAAGGUUAAUGGGACACUUCAUUAAAGGUUUUAGGAUCAAGUAUAAAUUAGGGUCGAUGAGCCAGGCAGGGAUGUUCAGCCAGCUACACUGGAAUCUUGGGGUUUGUAAUAAUCGUGUGUACUUGAGAUCCCCCCCCAGGCUUAGAAACAUGUUGGCGAACAUGGGCUGCAGAGGUGAGGGAGUCACUGUCAAGCAGCUCUUGGACUUAGAUAAAGGUCCAUGGCCUGGUAUUUAUUAGCUACAAAUUAUCGUUUCUCACAAAGAACAAGGGAAUUUGCCCUGGGACUUUCAGCAUCAACCGGGUCCUUCGAGGGAAAAUUGUAGAUAAAAAUGCAAACCUGUUGUAUAACAAUUAUUAGAUAUGGUCAGUAUAUACAUCUUGCAGCCCUUAUGCAGCUUCCAGCAUCCCUUAGGCAGUCAAGAGCUGCAAACUCCCCUUUUAGGUGGCAGGGAGCCCCAACAUUCCUACAUUGCAGGGGGGGAGCUGCUUCUAUUUUUGUGGGCCUGGACAUUGUAUGGAUAGGAACUUGCAUAUCAACUCAGACUUGAACUACAAAUGCAGUCCUUUUCAUUCAGUAUCCUGAUCCUUCCUCAAUGCAACUCACAGCGAUUUCACCUGCCUGAUAGGCUUCCAAUGGGUUAAACUCUGUCUAGUCCUGUACUGUUUGACCCAUCUUCAGCAUAUAUUGAUAUUCAAAGUGUGUUGUCUGGGAUUAAUUUCCAAUGUAUUAAUCCUAUAUCUAUAAACCAGGUAUAACUCACCUGUUUGCACUAAGCUACGAUGGGCAGUAUAGAAUAUCAGGAGUGCAUGCUCAGUAAUUCACUUGUACCAAUCUAUCCUGGGUUUAUCCCAGCGGAUAAUACUAUGUAUGUUCGCUUACAAAGGUAAUAAUUUGCACUACUUGAAAUCCCCAGGAUAUACUUGAGCAGUGCUGGCAGACAUUGACAGUGUCUUUUCUAUUUAGGACUUGUAAGGGAAUGUAUAUUAGCUACACAAAGAUGCUGCUAUUGGCAACAACGACGGUCAUUUAUAAACAAUGGGCAAAUUUGCACUUGGGCAGUAACCCAUGACAACCAAUCAGAUGAUUGCGUUCACUGUUCAACCUGCAGCUGGCUGAUAAAAGGUAAUCACUGAUGUGCUGCCCUGGGUUACUGCCCCGGAGCAAAUUUGCUUAGUGUUUAGAAAUGAACUUCACUGUCUUUUAUUCACAAAUGUUAGCACCGGUACACUGCGCGACUCCUGCGUUUUCUGCAUUCAUUCUUUUUUUUUAUGCAAAUUGGAAAACUUCAACUAGUCUGUAGAGUAAGUGUGUUCCAAUUGGGAUGUCUAACCUGCACCCCUGAAGCUUUUAGGGCAGAGACAAACGGUCAGAUUCAAGGAGAUUAGUCGCCCGGGGACAAAUCUCCUCUUCUUUGGGGCGACUAAUCUCCCCGAUCUCCCCUGUUUUCCAGCCGGCGAUUUUCAUUCUAGCCAGCGGGAAGGAAGGCGAGAUCGGGGAGAUUAUGGCACUCUGAUUGAUUUUAUUUUCUGAAGUUGUUAGCGAGGAAACUUUGGGCGACUUUGGAAAAUGAAGUGCUCCGAUUGCCAUCCCGCCGGUGAUUUUCCAUCUAGCCGGCGCAAAGGCAGUUUGGGGAGAUUAGUCGCCACGAAAAAGAGGAGGUUUGUCACUGGGCGACUAAUCUCCCUGAAUCUGACCGUGUGUCUCUGCCAUUAUAAAAUACAACUCCCAGCAUCCUCUGCCAUCCUUAUACCAUCUAGAGAAGAUAGAAGUUACAGUAUAGUACAACUGGAGGGCCAUUGUUUCAAAUCCCUGUUCAAGAAGGUCUUCUAUUAAUUGUAUCUGGUCUGUUUACUCUUCCCUGAGAAAAUAUUUCUAAUAGGAUAAGAGGAGGCAAAUCCUUUAAGUGCCAGUCACACCAUCUGCUGAAGAGUAUCACAGCUGGUGAUCUGGGUGUAAAUCUCUUGGCAGGCAAAAGAAAAGAAUGGGUUUAGAAACCCAUAUUGGCUGAAACUGGUUGUGCAUGUGUUUGCUGUACAUCCAUAUGGAGCAUCUUGGCCAGAUUAAGCCCCCCCCCAUAGCAGAUGACUGGUAUCUAAAAAGGCUGUAUAAUGGUUUUGAUGAAAAAAAUAUAUAUAUUCCAUACCUGAUAUAUAUAUAUAUAUAUAUAUAUAUAUAUAUAUAUAUAUAUAUAUAUAUAUAUAUAUAUAUAUAUAUAUAUAUAUAUAUAUAUAUAUAUAUAUAUAUAUAUAUAUAUAUAUAUUUAUACACACACGUAAAUUCUGGGGUUGAGAUUGGAAUGGAGUGAGAUAUUUGGGGAAUUAGACAGAAAACAUACAUUUUCCAGUACAUUUACUACAUUCUUCUCAAUUAUACUGUCUUAUUAGAAAUUGCUUGUGCUGUUUCCUGCAGCCAGGGGGCACAUUCACACAGGCAGUCUGUGGGUGUGUUGGUUUCCUUAAUACACUGUUUUUUAUGUGUGUUUUGUCGAAAGCAUGAGCAGCCUAGUGUGUCUACUCAUCCCCAAUGUCUGUAAACUCUCAGAA